ACAUGUGUUUCAUUUUUCUUUCUCUGGUCAUCACUGCUUUGAUUUUUGUUGUUUCACUUUUGUCUUGUUUUUGCAGUACUGGUACUUUCCUUCAAGGUUGAGGGCAGUACUGAGAGUAGGACAGUGGAAAUCUGCUGACAUCAUCUCUCAAGAUCCAGUUGUAUCCUGGUAGAGAGACGGAUAAUAAAGAUGAAGAGAGGAGAGAAGGGAAGAGAGAAGGAGGGAGGGAGGGAGAGAGAGAGGAGACGAGGGAGGGGGCAGUGAGAGAGUACACUGCGGCUCACCCCUCGUUCUCUCUGUCUCUCAAAUGGACUCAGCAUCACAACUGCAGCAACACCAUAGCCUCUGCCUCCGCUCCUUUUUCUCUUUAUACCCAAACUCAUGGACAGUCACGUGCUCUGAUUCCCCCUCUCCUCCUCCUCCUCUUCCUCCUCCUCGUCCUGCCUCUCUCUCUUUCACUCACUGUCUGCACGGCUGUAUGUUUUAUUGGUGCGUCAGAGCCACACAGAGCCAAAGAGUGAAGCAUGCCCGGGGAGAGCAUCCACAGAUCUGGCCCCACCGACAAACACCUCGAGCUGGGAGCAGAGGACGCAGAGCUCCCUGGACCAGACUUAACUAGACACUCCUUGGCGGACUCUACACCAAGUGAUAGUGGAUCCUCUCCGAGUGACACUGGCUCAAGUCCGUCCCCAAGUACUCCUCAAAAGCUCCUCCCAGCAUGCACCUCUCCCUUCGGCCCCAGGUUGGUUAAUGUGAGUCGCAGGUCCUCAGAAUCGCCUCGCCCACAGCCCGAGGGCUCAGACCGACGACCUGCUCCCAGGCUUUCCGGGAAGUUGGGAGGCCAUGGACCAUGUGGGCGCCAUAUUCCAGUUAAAAUGGAGAGGAUCAAGGUCUUGACUGGUUCAGAAGUGGAAAGCGACUACCAAGAACCACAUAAAAUGGACACAGUGGACACAAGAGUGGUGAUGGGUCAGGAGUCAUUGCUCAAAAGUCCAGAAAAACAGAAAGAGAAAUCUCAAACUACAACACAUCAUCAGUCUGUUCCAGUAACUCGUUUACAUGAAACAGAAACUCACACAGAGACAGACAAAACUGAAAGCCAAAGUCAGCCGCACCAAAACUCCACUGAUCCACAGCCUCCUGUGACUUUCCCCUCCCCUUUCCUCACCCCUCUGCUCCCAGCCUCUUCAUCAUACACAGACACCUCUACCCCAGAUGACGCUUUAGGAGAGCAGGCUCACUCUCCAGAUGAAGUGCCUUCCCUACAUUUCUCCGAGCUCGUUUGCCCUGUUACUUUAUCCUUCUCCGAACCCAUAUUUGCCGUGGACCCAUUACGAGUUGGUGUACCCUCAUCUCGAGACCCCGACUUGUACUACACCGCUCCGUCCACCCCAAUCAAAAUGCGCUCUUCCCACCUCAAACAUCACUCAUAUCCAGGGUCACCUUCCUAUCCACUCUCUCCUGGCUCGCCUUCAGAUAGUGAGGACCUAUGCUCUCCCCUCACUUCUUCCUCUGGAUCUUAUAUGACGGCGGAGGGAGAUAGCCGGGCAUCAUCUUACACCUCCUCCACCUCACCCUCCACCUCACCCAAUCCCCUCCUCACAGAAGAAACGCAAGAGGCUCCCGCUUGCUUUGUCGGAUCCUUAUCAGAAAUAGGAGAUGAAGAUGGUGAGGAUAAGGUUCGCUCGACACCAGAAAAAGAAAGCAGAGCUGGAGACUUCUUCCACUGUAGAUCAGAAGAAAGUGCCUAUAUUUCAGAUAUAAGUGGAACGGCCAUUUUGGAGGAGGAAGAGAGUAACACUGAGGAAGAGAUCAAGGUUUCAAGAGAAAGCUGUCGUCCGAGUUGGGUGACUGAAGAUAUUUCCCCUCUAAGAAGUAGUAGUAGUCGUAGUAGUGACUCCCAAGAGGAUGGAGCAGAGUCUGAAGUUGAAGUAACCGGGAUGGGGUCAGCGCAGUACUCAAGAUCCCUUGGUUUAAAACUGCAGCUAGAAUCAUGUUCAUCAGAAGAAACAUAUGGACAGAAAGACUCUGAUUUAGCAUCUUCAGCAUUAACUCCCGAUACCAUAACCUCAACCAAUCUCAGCCCCGACUCCCCAACAAUCUCACUGGACGCCUUCGAAAGACUUAACUCUGGGUUGUCCAUGCUUUCCCAGGCGGCUUGCAGCAACAAUAUCCUGGAUGAUGACCAAAUGAUUCCUGCGUCCCUUCUUGGGUUCCCCCCUCACGCAAAUCUCAUCUUCAGGGCGGAUUCGAUGGAGAUCAUGCUUUUCCCCACCGAGGAGGAAGUAGAAGACAUAAACGAGACGAAUGACGCUUACGGAGCUGGAGAGGAGGAAGCUGACGUUGAUGAAGAUGACGAAGACGACGAAGACUACGGUAUUGAAAGUAACGAUUGUCUUGACGAUGAGCUUAGCGAGGAAGUGAAUCAGGAAGUGAACCAGGAAGUGAACCAGGAAGUGAAUGUAGAAGUGGAAGUGGUUGGGGAGGAAAAUCAGGGCAAUGCCGAUGAUGUUGAAUGUGACGAGGACGACGAUGACGAUGACGAUGAUGAAGACUCAGACAGCAAAGGACAUGACUAUCCAACAGAUGAGGACAGCUCCUUUCUCCACUCGCUUUCUGAAACAUCAAUCAACGAAGGCUUGGAUGAGUCUUUCUGUUACCAGGACGAUACGGAUGACUCAUUGGAUUCUGCCUCUUUUAAUGGCGAGGAAGAUGAGCGUGUGUAUAGCACUGAGCAACAUGCACAAAUACAAGAACCGACAGAAACUCAACAAGGUGAUCACAAUCCUGAGCUCAAUACUGAUACAGAAGUUGUUGAAACUUCUGCAAGCUCAUGUCAAGACGCAGAGAGUCUGAACCAGUCUGAGAUCAGUGCAGUUUCAGAAAAAGAGGGCAAAACCCUAAAUGUAUCAGAAGUGACGCAAGCCGAGCAAGAUCUAGUUACCGAUAAAUCCUUGCAAAUCAACACGAGUCCAGAUGACACACUGAGUGCUGAAGAGUUGUGCUUUCCAUCUAGUGAUUUGGAGAACUCUACUCCCUUAAAUGAAAGUGUAACUAAAGCUGAAAUUGAUAUGUCAAGAUUAUCAAAACAAUCUUUCUUAUCAAACACCACCAAUACAUACACUACAACCAAUGUCAUGCAAACGUUCAUGCCUCUUGGUGCUACUUCUGUAAAAUGUACAGAAAUGCUGGAUAGAUCACAACCUUUGACUUUGACAACUGAGGCGAAGGUUGAAGAAGUUGCCUCAAAACCUCAAGAAGUCAUUGUACAAUCAAAUAACAAUAUUACAGAAGAAAGUACAGAUGAACCAGAAAGAGAUUCUUAUAAGUUGCUGAUAAAACCUCGUCAGUUUCAGAAAGAGAGGGCCGUGGAAACAGGGAGGCUAUUGUUGUCCAAAUCGUUUGCUAAUCAGAAGUACGGUAACACUUUGGAAGAGUCUUUGACCUCAACUGCGACCAAUGAUUUAAACAAAGGACCAUUACUUCUAUCAAACCCAAAAGAUACUAAUACAAACCCUAGCAACAUCCCUGUAGCUAUUACUCCAGAGGUCGUAACCCCAUCCUUAACCCCUGAACAUAGGUCAAAGGAUUCUACCCAAGAGAAUCUAAGAGAGAACACAUUGUUGAUGACCGAUGAAGGGAUUCUGGGUGCUGUUGGGUGCUCGUCGCCCUUGGCAAUUUCACCUAAGAGGGAAAACUCCGAAACAGAUAUUAGUCAUCGAGCUGGGACGUGGUGCGAUGAGAAAAUAAGCUUACAACUUGGUUCAGGGGAUGGGUACAAUAUCUGGGCAACCGGACACUCUCUUGGGAUGACCUUGUGUGGUAAUAGCAAACAACUGUGUGGGGAUCUAAGCAACAAUACAGGGCAAAGAAACUACAAUGUUUUUGACUCUGUUUUGGAUGAAAAUGACAAUAAUGGACAUAUUCAAAAAAAGGAUGAAAUGCCAGAUGAGGGAUUGCCAAGUCAGUUCAGAAUAUCAGAUCUAGGCGGUGAAACAGAUGAUAGUCUUCAAACACAAGAAGAGACAGGAAAUGUAGAUAUUGAAAAUACGUUUACUUGGAAGGAUUGUCAGAAUAAUAAUGAAUUUGAAACACUGCAGAUAUCUAUGUGUAGAGGUCUGAAUGCAUUGUCAGAAGAGGUUAGAACGCAAAGUGUUGGUUUAAGAGAGUCCAUUUCCAAUAUUCCUCUUGAAGAAAACCCACAGACAAGUCCGGAAAAGAAAGUAGUAACUGAAAGUCAAACCGUAUGCUUAGAGGCAAAGUCAACAUGUCAAAAUAUCCCACACCAUGAGCCGAAUACAGCAAUGUCUUGGCUCCAAGGGUCUUUUGGUUCAUUCACCCCGAAGUGUAAGUCUGUUGAAUGUAGAUCAGUCCAACAAAAUCAAAUGGAUAAUAAUGAUGAAUCUCAGGGAGUAACUGAGAAGGACCUCUGUAUGGAAGUCCCCAGUGGACACAAUGCAAAUGAGAAAGUUGUACAACAUGAAAAACCAAAGCCUGAUGAUGGUCAACAUUGUAAAGCAAAUGAUCCGGAUGAAAGAGAAGGAACUGAUACAGAAACAAAUAUGUCACAAACUAGUCAUAAAAAACCUGGUAAAAACAGGAGGAGGGGAAAGCAGAAGACCAAAGCAUCACAGAAGGGUAACGGGACUGAUCCAAGUCCUGAGGCGAACCAAGACACAAACAGUUUGGUAGAAGUUUCAGACAAUAACAAUAAAAUCCUUCAAAGUACGACAGAAAAAGGGUCAUUGAACGAUAACUGUAAGACACCCUCUAAUCAAAUGCAGGAACAACUUGACAACCAACCACUGUCUUCUAAUCCAAGGUGUAACACGGUUGACAUCAAUGACAACAAUGUAGAUACCAGCCAUUGUUCAUCAAGUUUAAACUCAACAUCAUCAGCAUCAGCUAAACCAGAAGACAAUCUCCCCACACCAAUCCAGGAAUCACAACCCUUCAUUUCAGAGGAAUGCACUACCCCCUCUCCAAAUCUUCCAAUACGCAGUUAUCAGGAACAAAAUGUCUCCUUGACGUCAAUAUCACCACUCAACCUUUCACAACCAACGCAGGAGUCGUCAGUGGAUUCAAAUCUACAAUGUGACGCCUUGUUCACCUCCCACACCACUGCAAUGGCAACGAAGGUAGAAACUCAUAAACAAAUCAAGCAAGAACAAGUCAGAUUGAUUGAUUCUGGUCUGGCUGAAGAAGAUACAGACAGUGAGGAUGACAGCAGACUGCCUCGACACAGACCACAGCCCAAAGGAAUUGUGGGAAAUAAACUUGACCAUAAUGACUCAAGGCAACAAGCAAUCCAGCCAUACACUUCAAUGAUGGACCGACACGGAGGAUGUCCUGUCAAUCACGGCUACAGAAACUCAGAUCCAUGUGACCUUGCUCUGAAAAACAACUGUUUGACUUCGUGUAAUGAGUCUGAGAGCGAGGAGUCAGUUCCAGAGCUGGAGGACGCAGAGCCGAUGAGGCCAGAGCAUCAUUCUUUCUCAUCUGCGAGUGAAGGGCUGAGUCGACCCAAACAAAGCCGCAGUGAGAAGAAGGCUCGCAAGGCCAUGUCUAAACUAGGUCUAAAGCCAGUCCAUGGUGUGACAAGAAUUACCAUCAGGAAGUCCAAAAGUAUUCUGUUUGUCAUCAGUCGACCAGAUGUUUUCAAAAGUCCUGCGUCUGAUAUCUAUAUAGUGUUUGGAGAAGCGAAGAUUGAGGACCUAUCCCAACAAGCCCACAAAGCUGCUGCAGAGAAGUUCAAAGUUCCUGUGACAUCCACUCCACUGGCCCCACCCGUCCCUCCCAGGCUCAGUAUAAAAGAGGAGAGUGAUGACGAAGAGGAAGAAGAGGUGGACGAGGGCGGCCUGGAGCACAGGGACAUCGAGCUGGUCAUGGCUCAGGCCAAUGUGUCUCGGUCCAAAGCUGUCCGCGCACUCAAACACAACAAGAACGACAUUGUGAAUGCCAUCAUGGAGCUAACCAUGUGAGAACUCUUCCAGCCAAAAGCCUAAGACAUCUCUUCUGUUUGGUAUUGCUGCUAUUAUGUGUUGCGCCCUCAGUAUCUGCUUAAUAAAAUCUGUUUCAUUGUGAAUAACUUUUAUUUUAAACAUUUACAAGGAAGCCUAUAAAUUCUAAUGUUAGAUCAAGGCUCUAUGACAAAUAAAGAGAUACUACAUAAUAUAUUUCGCUUUUAAAAUUCAUGAAACUUUUCUGGUGGAGGGUCCGCCACCGACCAUCUGCUUGUGUCUGUGGAGAUGAUAUUGUGUUGCCUGGAAUGUUCCAUGUGGCCUUUAGCACAAGGCCAAGUUAUAUGUCAGACCUGUGGAAAAGUGAAUCAACUCACAGUAUUUUGUGAAACAUCCCAGGCAAAAUAAUAUCAUCUUCAUGGACACACACGAGCAGACCCUCAAGCAGAAAAGUUACACAAUUUAAAGCAUAAUUUAUAACUUACCUAUUCUGUUUUAUUUUUGUUUUCUAUUUGAGAAGUAAAAGAAAAAUAAACUUC